AUGAACCCCUUAGGCAUAGAAUCUAAAGAAUUAUAUGAAUCAUUGACUACAAUAGUGAUAGAUCAUAAUUUAAAUGAUAUCUUAUUACAUCCAUCUGAAACCUUACAAAAAAAAUUUAAUGACGAUUUAUUGCAACAUUUAACCAUAACGAUACCUUUAAAAAUUUUCAGUGAAACUGAUGUUGAAACAAUAAAUAUUUGUCAGGAAAGGUUAAUUAAGAUUGCCAAUUAUUUAAAUGAAAAAUUUUUAAUUAAUUUUCAGUAUCCUUUCACUAUUUUAAGAAUAUGUGAAUUGGCUUAUCAUCCUUUACAAUAUUUUCACAUUAUAGAGUUGGCCAAGUUUGUUAACGCUUUGGAGGAUGUCUGUAUUGUUAAUAUACCAUGGAAACCGAUAAGUUUGUUGAAAAGCGGAAAUAUAGAUAUAACUAAAAGUACUGAUGUAUCUUUUGACAAUGAAAACAAUUUCAAGAAAAGAAGAAUAUCCAGGUAUACAAAACGAGAGAGUGCCAUUGGCAAUAAAAAUGAUAUUACUGGUCCAGAAUCUAUAAACCCGUCACUAGAAAAAAUAACUUGGCUUAAUCAAGAUAUAUUGCAUUCCAUACAUGCUACCAAUUUUUUGAAAGAUAUUGAGAGUAUAGUAUCCGUCAAUUUUGAAGAGUAUGAGGAAGGAGAUGAGGAGGGAGAAGAAUAUAAUGAUGAUGAAACACAUGAAAUAGAAAAUGAAGAAGAAGGUUAUAUAAUUAAAGAGGAAAUGGAAAAUCAGCACAACCUAUGUUCUAUCAAAGAUGUCAGUGCAAAGGAGGAAAAAUGCAAACAGGAAAAUGAGAAUAAAAUCAUUAUCGAUAAUACGGAAGAGGGUGAUGAUGAUGAAGACUAUAAAGAGGAUGGCGAUGAACUUGAUGAUGAUUAUACAGAGGAGUUUGAUGAUGAUCAAGAGGAGUUUGGUGAUGAUCAAGAGGAGUUUGGUGAUGAUCAAAAUGAGGACAUGAUUAUACAGGUACAAGAAAACACAACAAAGCAUGGCGAUGAAAUGGAAAUGAAAGAAAAAAAUACAGUCAAUGGGCCAUCAACUCCGUAA